GACAGAAUUGAUUUUACACCCACCACCAAUUUUGAAAAUCCUUCUACGGUCUUUGGGACCUCUAUGUGCUGGAGAUCCAUUGUUAUUAUGGUAUCUUCGAAGAGAUACUUGGACGCAGAGAUCUUAA